AUGUCGAUCGAAGCCGGCGGUAGAAUAUACAGGAGAACUGGAAGAUUAGACGAAGAAGCAGAAAAAGAAAGAAGAAAAAUCAUCAAGCAAAUGAGUAGACCACUCAGUGAAGGACCAUUUUUCUUUGAAAAUUUGAAGGUCGAUGAUGGAACAAUGAACUGGUAUCGCUCUGUUCUCCGAGAAAUGAAGCAGCAGCAAUCCCAAAGAAACGGGAAAUUUCCAACAGUGGAGAGAAACCGAGAUUCAAUGGAGGAGCAGAACUCGAUGAACAAGUUUUAUGGAAAGAAGAUUCAGCGAAUUUUAUCGAUGGAGUAUCCCCAGCCGAACAUCCCGCAUCGAACUGCUGAUGUCUCGGCGGGUCACGUGGCGCGGCGAACGGAGGUCAAGGCGCCGGAGAAUCCAACUCGUUCUGAAUUUCGAACCGUCUUGCGAUCCAACUCCCGGACCAUCAACCGGCCAAGGCAUUCGAUCGGAUCGACAAUGUCGCGACUGAACGCUUCUUGCCGAACUUGUGGGACGACUUUGAGCGACGAAACGACGCUGAACAAGAAGUGGGCUAGUUCAAGCGACAUUUUCAAGGCAUACUCCGAUCCGUCUACUAGUCUGUCUAUCAGACGAUCUGGGCCAGUGAGGACCAGCUCGGUCAAGAAUUUCCAACGAAAACCAGAUUACUUCCAGAUUGGCCAAGACGAUGAUCUGGUUUGCAUCGAUCUAUCUGGAGCCACGCCUCGCACACUCAGCUUGGACCGUGGCUUGAACAAGAUCGGAGAUCCUCAACCCCUUCCGGCCAAAAACACCGGGUCUUCCGCUUCAUCCACGGACUUGAAAAAAGGAGGAAGCAUCAAAAGAAAGUCAAAGAAGCGUCUCCUCUCCGCUGCCUUUUCUCUUCCUCUCCAGACCCUCCACGAGGAGAUUUCCGACGCCUCUCGUCCCGACGCUGACUUUGGCUUCUUCAACCCAGCGAAAAAGAACCAGAGCUCGAAAAUCAGCGUCAAAACUCCGAAAGCGAAGAAAACGGAACGAGUCGCCAAAGCGAUAAAAACGGAGCCGCAAAAGAAACGACUCACCGCGGCGGAUAUUUCUGGACCAACGGUUAUCAGCACUGACGCUAUCAGCCAUAUCAACACGGUGAAGAUGUCGCUCAAUCCGACUCCGAGGGUGCAGGAGCAAAUGCCAAAGAAGAAGACUGGGUUUUCGGGAAAAGUGAAAUUCUGGACGACAAAAAUGACCCAAAAAGAAAAGAUCGCAGCUGAAAUCUCCGACCAGCACCGCCGAGAUCAAGAAUAUCUCUCGCUUCGAGGAAAAUAA